CGUAUUAUAGAAAUAUUAUGGCUGUAAGUGGCGUUGAUUUUGUGUAAAUCUAAAAACUAUGCUUUAAUUUUCAUAGUUACUUGAGGAUUUUCGAGUCAUAUUAAAGUGAAUGUAUCCAUACAGUACCGUACUAUAAUUUGGAAAAGGUUUCUAAACAUAACUUUAGAGGUAAUAAUGGAGAAUCCAAAUAAAGAAACUAUUACAGAAACAGUAGUUUUUAAUCAAGAAGCAAAUCCCAAUUCGUGUACUACUGAAGUUGUUGAUAAUAGUCCUGAAAUAAUAUCCGAAAAUAUUGAACCAACUUCAAGUAAUGUUUUGACAGAUAUUAAAUUGAGUGAUGAACAACCUUCUAAUGCAGUAGCACAUAAUAACUAUCUGGAAACAAAUUCAGAAAAUGUUGAUUUUCAUAGUAAUGAAGUUAGUACAGACAAUAAUGCUGGAGACCUUGAAGUAAAUAAAAGUGAUAACACUGAGAUAAUAGCACAAACUGAAACAGUGUCGGAAACAACUACAGUCACAGAAAAAUAUGAAGAAUAUGUAUCAAUCUCGCAGCAUGAAGAAAAAGAUGGUCAGUCAACUGAGUAUGUCAGUCGGUAUGUGUUGGAAGAAAACACAGACAGUGUCUAUAUAUCUGAUGUACAGGAUGAAAAUUUGGAUUCAUCGGGACAAGUUCAUUCGGAAGCUGUUUCAUCGGAUGAAAAUCAGUUGAAUGAAGUCCCUGAUCAAGUGAUUCAACAGAAUGUAAUUGUUUCAACUGAAUCAAAUGAACAUAAAUUAAGUGAAACAAGUGUAGUAUCCGAAUAUUCUGCAGAUCAAGCAGAUGCUGAAAAUUGGCCUCAACUCGGACCUCAAUUGGAACCGGCACCUGAAAAUCAGGAUGAAAAUCAAUCAGAUAAAAAUAUUCCAAAACAUUUAAAUUUGAAAGAUAACAUUAAAUUUGUAGAUGAUGUAGAAACUCAAAACACAGUUGACAGUGAUAGGAAUGAGAAGUCGGGCCAAGAAAACCUAAUGAGUGCGAAUGAGAAUGAAAUGUUAGUAGGUGAUAUAAGUGAAAAUAUGGAAGAACCUCCUAAAGAUAGUGAGGAUAAGUGUGAGUAUAACGUUAAACAAGAGACACAUUUUACAGACAUUGAUGAUGAUGAUAGAAAUAAAGAACAAGAAAUCCGUAAUGUAAAUGACUUGAUAAAUGAGUCUUCAGCACAUGACCAGGUUAUUUGCUCUAAUGAUGAAAUUAUAGAAAAUGUCGAUAUACCCGAUGAACCUGCUGUCUCUUCAGAAAGUAUCUCUGUUGAAAGUUAUACUCUUGCUGAAGGAAUGGAAGUAACUGAAAUUCAGGACGGAGAAUAUACCAUUGUGGAAGGUCCAAGUUCGUUAGAUAUUACAGCUAAUCAGUUAGACGAGUCUGGUCAUUCAGGAGAGACUUGGGUUUUACUUUCAAAUAACGAAAAUUCUGAAGAUAGCCAAUUGGAAACAGUUGCCGACGAACAAAAUGAGAUGUAUUUAAGUGAAGUAAGAAGUGAGGCAGAGUCACGUCAAUCUGUCAAUAGUCAGACCUCGGACAUUAAACCAAGAAGGGGUCGAAAACCAACAUAUGAUAUACCGAUGCACGUUCUUGGUCACGAUAUUUCCAAACCAAUGGAAACUGUGCCUAACGGAAGGUCGUUGCCAAAGCCUCGCCUUGGCGUUAAAGUGCCAUAUCGUAAUCUGACUUCACAGAUUGUAUCGAAAGCUGAAAUAGAGAAAGAAGUUAUGGAACGUGCACGUUUAAAACAGGAACAGGUCAGUUCUAGGGCUGAUGUUAUUUUUGCAAGGAAAUUAACUCAAAGAUUGGCCAGAAAAAUAGCACCUUCACCGGACCCUCCUAAAAAACCCGUUGAAACUAGGAAAUCAAAAGAAGGCAGUGCUCAAAUUCAAAGGAAAGAAACUGAAACAGUUCCUGAAGAUAGAAGUGAAAUCGAGAACAGUCAAAGCCAGGAUAAUUCAAAGAUCCAUAAUGAUUCCGAUCUCUUAGCAAUUUUAGAAGGCGAAGGCGAAGAAAUGCCAGUUUUACCUAAAGAAGUUCCACUGCCUGUUGAAGUGGACGAUUCUAACCUAAAGAUGCUUGAGCGAGAAAUUGCCUUACAACAGUUGCAAGAGUUACCCCAUCAAGCUCCUAAGCAUAGGAUUUACAGAGGUCGUCAAAUUAAAACUGAUGGAAAAGCUCCUGUACUUAUUCCAGAAGCUUCAAUAUCAAAAUCUAAAAGUUCCAAUAAAUCUGAUGAUGGGGCAAACCAAUCACCAAUUUCAAACCAGAAAGCGAAAGAUGACCAACCUGCAAAUGUAUUGUCUGAUAAGGAAAAUGAAACUGUAAGACAAUCCGUUCCCAAAGAUGUUCCAUCUGCUUCACCACCUAAAAAAGAUCAGAGUAAUGCUGAAAUACUCUCUUCUCCUAAAAAACAACCGAUUGAAAUCGAACCACAAGUUAAAGUCAAUAUGGUACUCAAAACAUACUCCAGGAAACGGAAGACCAUCGAGUUACCAGACGCAUUGAUUGAUUCUCCGUUACCAAAAAAGACGAUGCUUGCUGAAAGUGAAAUUAAACUAGAAAAACCAGAUACCCCAGCACCUACCAAUGUUUACGUAACGAAAAGUUCAAGAGUAAUAAAAAAAAAGGUUAUUUGGGAUCCUGAUGAAACUCCAACGAGAUCCCCAAAAUCUGUAACAAAAACUGAUGUUCAGUCACCCAAAACUGUUGCAAUUAAAACUGCAAAAAUUGUCGAGAAAGUUCCCAAUUUGGAGCAGAUUCCUGAAAAAAAACCUGUAUCUGAAAAACUAGUAAAAGAAAAACUGGAGAAAAAGUCUAUUGAGAAAAUAUCUAGCAAAAAAAGGACAGCAUCUCCAAAUGAAAGAAAGGUUAUUGUAUUAAAAAGUGAUGUAUCAAAAGGUGAUAUUUCGAAAAGUGAUGUUUUAAAAGGUAAAACUCCUGUAAAGAGCAAGAAGCUUCGAUCAGAAGUGGAUAAACUACUUAUGGAUGAAGGGGCAGUAAAAAUGCUCUACGAUCUCAAAAACAAUGAGGAGUCGGUACCAAAAAAGAAAAAGGAUGUGUAUUCUGUAGAAAAAGCUCAUAAAGAAAUAAUGAAAAAGGCCAAUGAAAUAAAAAGCGAUUUACAACAAAAUACGAGUAACGAAUCACCAAAAUCAUUAAGGAAGAAAGAAAGUUUUACGCCAUCUCCUCUUAAACCAGCACAAAUUACGUACAAUACAGAAAGGAAAAUGUCGAAAGAUUCUACUCGCAGUUCACUGCACACGCCUCCAGGCUCACCGGCAUAUUCUUUCCCACACGGUCAGAGUUCCAUGUUGGUUAGGAGAAGGUCAAGCAGUUCAAUUUCUAGUAGUGAUGAAGUUGUCGAGAGUGACAUUUCAAAAACUUCAAGGAAAAAACUUACUUCAUCAGAAACCCCUAAAAUUAAAAAAAUUAAGAAAAACGAUUCAAAUGAAGAAUCACAAAAAUUGUCUGAAGUGAAAGACCCCCCAGAAAAACCUGCUUUGGUAGAAAACAAAUUAUCUUCAUAUAAAUCGUUUACUAUCAAGAGAAUAAAUAAACACAUUACUAUCGACUUGAAUUAUGUCGAUGAAAACUGCUAUUGUACAGCCCAAGUUCUGGAAGAAUUAACUACUGCUUUGAAGAAAUUUGCAAAGGAAAAAGAUUGUCACAUUGUAUCUAUAACAUCAAAUUCAAAAGCAUUUUGCUUAGGAUUGGACUACACUUCUCUAAUAUCUGAUAAAGAGGAUGUACGAAAAGAGGUUGCCACACAAUUAGCGGAAAAAGUUAGGGAAUUUCUUCUUUGCCUCUUAAAAUUCCCUAAAGUGUUGAUUGCCGGAAUACAGGGGGAAUGUGCUGGAUUGGGUGUUACCAUGCUUCCGUUAUUUGAUAUGGUUAUUGCAAGUGAUACAGCUACCUUCAGCACACCUUAUGCAAGCUUAGGUUGCGUGGCAGAGGCUGGAUUCCUACUGUCUCCACCUAUCUUCACCAAUCAUGGAUUAGCAUCUGAACUAUUGUAUAAUACACAUAAACUAACAGCUGAUGAUGUCUUCCGACGUGGUUUAGUCACGAGACUGUGUUGGCCCGAAAAGUAUAACGAAACGUUAAAACAAGUUAUGAUUUCAAUAUCAAGAGGCUCAAAACAGAGUUUAGUGGCAACUAAGAAACAAUUACGUAGGCAUCUAGUACAAACGACAGAAGCUGCUAUAAAUUCAGAGACCAAGGUAUUGGUCGAGCAUUGGAUAAGUUCGGAGUGUCAAAAGAACUUUUCCCAGAUAAACGGGGGCACAGCCGAAUAAUCGAGAAUAGUGUCAUUAUUUUGAAUCAUAAAUGUUGUGGUACAAAUGAAUUUUAUUAUAGUAAAAAGUGCAAAAUUCAAAACAGACGUUGAUCAAUCCACUGUAACAACUAAUUGGUAAUUCAAAAAAUAUUUUUUUAUAUUUUUCAUAAAGUAGCAUGUAAGUAUAUCCUAUUUUUAGGAUUUAGUUGUUCUAGAUAAAUAAUAUUAAUGUUUUAAUUUAGGAUAUUUAAAAUUAUAAGAUUUCACUGACUGUUAGUGCAGUAGAUGAACAUGGUGAUUUCCCAAAGAUUGGUGCAAUUACUAAAAUUCUUAUAUUUCGUAGUUUUUUCUAUGGUUGCUUCUGCUAGAGACCACGACUUUUUUCGUUCGUGAAAUUUUCCUGUGUAAGAAAAGCAUACAACGUAAAACGUACAUGUUAGUCUUUUGUUACAUUUAUUUUGGUAUGUUGUAUUAGAAACUUCAAAAAGGGUCAGUAAAUAUUGUAUCUUAUUUAUUCGUCUUUACGUCUAUUACGAUUAAGACUUUUUAGUAGAAACACAAUUUAUGCUUGUUAAUUUGAUUUGUUAAUUUUAUUAGUAUGAUUAAACACAAUAAUUACUUUAUGUUUGUCGUUUUAUUAUACAGGGCGGUCCAUGUUUUAAUCAGGGAACUUUACCAGGGGACGGAAUUAACUAACUCAAGCAAAAAGUUUCGUAUGAACGUCGGUCGCAAAAUGCUUAAUUAUUUGUGUUCAAAUUAAAGAAAAAUGGCACCUCUUCCAUUUUCUCCAGACGAACGGUUUUAAAUUGUGAUUUUUUAAUUUUAAAACGGAAUUAAAGAUAAAGAUUAAAUCGAAAAAGAACAGUUAAUUUGAAUUUUUUGUCAGAAAUACAAUUACCUACACACUGUAAUCCCAAAAAAUCAUUAGCUUAAAUAUACAGGGUGUUUAUUAAGUACUUGUACAAACUUUAAGGGGUGAUGCUUUGAGUGAUUCUAAGACGAAAAGUUUAUAUAAACAUAGAUCCGGUAAUGCUUCGUUUUCAAGAUGCAGGGUGACAAUCUUUUUAAAAAAAUCGUUUUUUCUUAAAAAUCUUCAUAAUCCUUUAGUCAAUUUUGUUGAAAGGAUCCCGCCAUAAUCUUAUGGAAAAUGGCUUUCAGUGAAAUCGUCUCAAUUUUUGAUAUGAGAUAGGUCUUAUCAAUCUAACUAAAAUUCCCAAUAGCCACAACCCCCCGUAACGCCUCUUUUUACUUCUAGAGGGCGCUUAACCCCGUCAGAACGAAACACUAUAUGAUGAUACGGAUUUCAGUUAAAUCGUCUGGGUUUUUGAUGUGUGAUGGGUCUCAUCAAUCUUACCAAAAUUCCCAAUUGCCUCCUUUUACCGCCAGAUUGUAUUGUCAAUACAAACAGUAUUGUAUUGACCAUUGCUAGGCGGUUGUUAGAAAAACUACAAUUUUUUUAUCAAGCUGUGCGAUUUUUUUACCGUACGUAAUAGGAAUCUUUCAUUGAUCGCAGAAGGUGUGUUUUUAAGUAUUUACAGUAGUGGUCGUAGGUAAAAUAUAUAAAAGGUUUUAAAAAGUCAGUGGCGCGCAUUUUUUUUUGUCAAAAAUAUUAGUUAAGGUGCUUCACUGGACGCUACUGGACUUAAUCAUUUUAGUUAGGGCUAAAUUAACCCCUUCCUACUGUAACUGCCAAAUUUCUACAAAAUCGGCUAGAGGAUUAUCGAGAUUUUUACGAAAAAACAAUUUUUUAAAAAAAGUUUGACACCCUGUACCUUGAAAACGAAGCAUUACCAGACCUAUGUUUAUAUAAACUUUUCGUCUUAGAAUCACUCAAAGAUUCACCCCUCGAAGUUUGUAAAAGUACUAAAUAAACAUCCUAUAUAUUUUUUUCAACUUGUAACUUUAUAAAACCGAAUUAAACAUUUCUUGCCAAUGAUAUGGUUUCUUGUUAAUUGAACACAUUGAGUUGUAUUUUAAAUAAUAUUUCUAACAAAAAAGUUUGAAAAACCUUUUCGAAAUAUGUGUAAUACAUAAUUGUAGAGCUACUUUUAAUUCAUUUACUGUUGAAAAUAAAAAAUCAAAAUUCUAAUUGGAACAAAAUAGAAAACAUUUUUUUAGAAAUGACAUACUGAAAAGUGCCGAUCGAAUUUGUAGAUGAAUCGGUAGCAUAAUUCUGAGGCUCUUAGUAAUGUGGAGCCACAAUAUCUUUGCCUGUGAUCGACAUAUUUGUAAGUCAACCCGGCGAAUUUUGACUUCUAAUUAAAUAAAUCGGUGGUCAAGUUUCGUCUGUGUAUAUCAAACAUCCUCAGAUAUUUCAGAAAAAAUUAACUAAUUUCCAAUUUCAACAUCUUGAAAAUGAAGUGAGCUGUGGCUCAUGUUCAUAUAAAACCUUUUGCUUAAAAUAAUUUGUUUUAUAUAACCCGGUGAAGUUUCACGAAUAUAACCUGAAUCACCCUGUAUAGGGUGUGUCUAAAAUGUGGUGCAAACUGAGGCAGCAGAUAGAAACAUAAUCUUAAACAAAAAGUUCUCUAUGAACGUAGAUUCAAAAAGGUUAAGUCAAAAAGCUGUAGGGAGAUAAAUGUGCUGUGACAAAAUCCCUUUUUUUUUCAAAUAUCCCUUCAAUUUUGCAGGUGUAUGUAGAUUACCUAUAAUAAUUUCUGGAGAAAUAGAUUUUGCCUCAAACACACUAGCAGAGGUGUUGGAUGCGAAUGGGGGUUUGUACAAAAAAAAAUAUUUUGUGUAAAAUAAUACAUCUCUCUGAAAAGCCAAAAGCCCGUUUGUUAGAUAUUUUUAACCAAUUUUCUCAAAAAGUGUGGAAAUUAUCUAUAUCCAACAAGAGCAAUUUUUUCUGUUCGUUCAGAAAAAUGUAUUAUUUUACCAAAAAUGCUGCGAAUAUUUUGUUUUUGAUAAAAAAAAUUCCAAAUACUUCUUGCACUUCUGGUACUGUCAGUUAUGAAAGAACAAUUACUUCGCCAUGAGAUUAAUGCAACUGUUGACAAUGAUGACUAUCUCUGUUUUUUCAGUUUGGCAUCAUAAUUUAGAAACGCUCUGUAUAUUAAUUGUAAUCGGUAAUAUAAUUCAUACGCAAAGAUUAAUAGAAAUACGUGAGGAACUUUUCAAUAAAUUACUGUGACAAAAUUUGCAAAAAUAAAAUGCAAUAUGUUUCAGUAGUACCUACGUAAUUUAUGAAAUUAUGGUUUUUCUUUCCAAAUAAGCUACAAAUUGCAUGUUUUUUUUUUUCAAUUUCUGACUAUUAUGGUUGUGUAUAUACUUGUAAAAAGAUGUUUUGAAUAAUUUCAAAAUUUGCAGUGGAAAAUGAAUAUAGUUUUGAAACUGUUGUAAAAAAAUUGUUAAAUUAGCUAUUUAGUACCAAUAAAAAUUUAG